UUUUCAUCGUUUUGUCUAUUAUAAGGAACCCUCUCCUCUCCUAGACAGAUAAAUUAGUCAAGCUUCCCAACAGUCAUAUACAUUACCUUAAGGAACGAUCCUAUGAGCCUACACUACCUACAUCUAAAUAGAUUGUCCUGAGUCCUCCAAACAGGUUAUGAGCCGGCAUAAGCGUCACCUCCGAGAUCGCCUGGAUUAGCGUGCAUGGAUGGGUCUUGAUCGAAGGAGAAGGGAGGGUGGGUGUAGAAACCCUGCCCAGCUUGCCACGGCAGUUCAUGGGAAAUCCCCUCCGCCGCUGCCAAUGCCUGGUAUUGCUCGAGCUGCGGCGUGGUGAAGUCGGCGGCGGCGAGACCGUCGACAGCACUCGGUUCACCCUCUGCAACAAAUGGUCGAUGGGUGCUAGCUGAAGCAACAACCGCUGCACGGGUCGAUGGUCUUUUUUUCGCCAGCUUCAUUAUUGUGUUUUGUUUUCGCAUUUUCGAUGAUUAUUGGAGCACCAGUCACAACUCCUCUGACCUAUUUUAUUUGGGUCAUAUUGGAUGAAUGUAGUAUCCUUUUUACGUCCCGAACCGUCACGGUCCUCUUGUUCUACCAUUCUUUGAGGAUUGGGUGGUGUCAAAAUCGUUGAUGGGCUACGAGAUGAAAGCUUCAGAGGUCUUAAAAAAAAGUUGGGAGGAAUCUUGCAAUAAUGAAGCUGGCGAAGAAGGACCAUCGACCCGUGCAGCGGUUGUUGCUUCAGCUAGCACCCAUCGACCAUUUGUUGCAGAGGGUGAACCGAGUGCUGUCGACGGUCCCGCCGCCGCCGACUUCACCACGCCGCAGCUCGAGCAAUACCAGGCAUUGUCCAUACUUGAUUUACCCCCUUAGGGUUAGACUUAAUCUUGAGAAAAUUCCACCGAAAUAUGGUGCAAUCGAUAGAGCCUUCGAAGGCGAGACGAAGAGAGUGACCAUCGAAUGGCAGCGGAUUCCAAAGCCUAAGCCCAGACCGAUAACAACUCAUUCUGGAUAAGGCAGAAAAUUGGGAGCAAUCCUCUGGAUGGCAUCCUUCGGACUCGAAAGCUGAUGCAGAUGACUUUUUUGUGGCAAAGAGAGAGGGGAACGCUGGAAGGGACACGGCGCGAGACACAGGACGGGGAGUCGCAGAUCUUAGAGGUUUUAGAGGUCUCAGAAAUGCCGGGAUUCAUAGCUUGUGGGAAGCCUGAGAAGUGAGAAUGAAAAGCAUAUGGGCACAGCCAGCGGGCAGCUGUUUGGUGCAAUGGCAUGGAGGAGCUGACCUUUUGAGACAGCUACUCUUCAGCAUGGAGUGAGGCUGAUGGAUUGAAAGACCCAGAGGGGUGGCCCGUAGUCUAAGUCGUAUCAUGGGAAGCCAUUACUGGAGCAAAGCUCGGUCGGCUGUUAGUCACCCCGCAAGGUGCAAGGUUGCUAGGCUCUUGGACGUAGCAAAGCGUUGUUAUACUGGAGCUUGG